CUGACGUCACACUUGCGACGGAAGUAGUUCUAACUAAAACACCAUUCUGGCUGAUUCAUUGCAGACAAGCGAGCGGAUUCUCUUCUGCGUUGUUAAAGUUGUCUUCAACCUCUGGAAGCUGACAGCCAACACUAACAGAUCCUGAUAUGGACCGUCUGUUAAGACUGGGAGGUGGGAUGCCGGGACUGGGCCAGGGGCCCCCGACAGAUGCACCAGCUGUGGACACAGCAGAACAAGUCUACAUCUCGUCUCUGGCCCUGCUCAAGAUGUUGAAGCACGGCCGUGCGGGCGUGCCCAUGGAGGUCAUGGGGUUGAUGCUGGGGGAGUUUGUCGACGACUACACCGUGCGGGUCAUCGACGUGUUUGCCAUGCCCCAGUCUGGAACAGGUGUGAGCGUUGAGGCGGUGGAUCCUGUGUUCCAAGCCAAGAUGUUGGACAUGCUGAAGCAGACUGGCAGGCCCGAGAUGGUGGUGGGCUGGUACCACAGUCACCCUGGCUUUGGCUGCUGGUUGUCCGGGGUGGACAUCAACACACAGCAAAGCUUUGAGGCGCUGUCGGAGAGAGCUGUGGCAGUGGUGGUGGAUCCUAUUCAGAGCGUCAAGGGAAAGGUCGUCAUUGAUGCCUUCAGACUGAUCAAUGCCAACAUGAUGGUGUUGGGUCAUGAACCAAGACAGACCACAUCUAAUCUGGGUCAUCUCAACAAACCCUCAAUCCAGGCUCUGAUUCAUGGACUGAACAGACACUACUACUCCAUCACUAUUAACUACAGGAAAAAUGAGUUGGAGCAGAAGAUGCUGCUCAACUUGCAUAAAAAGAGCUGGAUGGAAGGUCUCACACUUCAGGAUUACAGCGAGCACUGCAAACUGAAUGAAACUAUCGUCAAGGAAAUGCUGGAACUAGCAAAGAACUACAACAAGGCUGUAGAAGAAGAGGACAAAAUGACACCAGAGCAGCUGGCAAUCAAGAAUGUUGGCAAACAGGACCCCAAGAGGCACCUGGAAGAGCACGUAGACGUGUUAAUGACCUCAAACAUUGUCCAGUGUUUGGCGGCCAUGUUGGAUACGGUUGUGUUCCAGUGAUCUGUAGUAUAUCUCCUUCUUUUAUAGCAAAUACAUGUAUGUACCCUUCA